CGCGAACAUUCAACGAUCAAAAAGUGGGAUAUGGAAAUGUUGACUCAUUUAUACUACGGACAAAAAAUACUUGUUUUGUGUUAGAAUAUAUUGAUCGGAACUACUGGAGGUCACACAGAGUGGCCUGGUGGUUAUCACAAGAGAUACUUCCAAUUUAUGUCAUCACUUCCUGCUGCAAGAACAAACAUGUAGUGUGUGUGAUUGUCCGUGUGACCAUCGCACCAUGAGGGGCUGUGAGUAGCUGGAACAUCUUGGAGAUGGCAAGGAGUGGCCCAGUGUCUGUGUUAGAUAGUCGUAGUUUAGAUGGUAGUACCAAGAUUGUGCGAGACCGAAUCACACGUCACCAGAGUCCCGGCCGCUAUUCCAUGCAGAGUCUCAACGAUGAGGAUUUUAAUGUGACCUACCGCAUACCUCAGCCGUACCGCACAAGCUUCUCGGCCACACACUCGGUGGAGAAGAUCGGCGGCCGCAGUCGGUCAUUGAGUCCGGCGUCAAGUUUACGCAGUGGAAAAAGUGGAAAGUAUGGAAGAAGUAGAUCAAAGAGCCCGAAUCCAAAGCGGGUAACAUACGACACGCGAGUGACCAUAAGACAUUCGAAUACCGGAGAUUCUAUGUUUACGGAGUUAUCGGCCCAAGAUUUUGAUUCCAGUUCUUGUAAUCCGUACACAUUUAGCAAGACGUCGAGAGGAAAUUACGGCAAGAAUUUGAACCAGUCGUUGCUGUCUGCGGAUUCCGGAAUCGAUUAUUCUUCUGAGUUGCGUGACAUUUCCCAGCAGAUCUGUAAGAUGGAGUGGCCGUCUCGGAACAGUGCGGACAAGACGAGUCCUCCCCAGCAUGGGAUCCUCAAGGACUGUCAGAAUGCCAAGAAGGCCGUGUCCCUCAGCCAGCUCGCCCAGUCAGCCACUAAAUCUUCCAACAUCGGAAACAAGGAAAAUUCUCCCAGCAGUGCUAGUUACGAAACACCAAAACACAAGACCAACAUCAGCAAGGAGUAUUCUUACGACAGAACUAUCAGUUACAGAAUGGCCAUGCACGAACAGCCGUCGGAGGAGAUGAGAAAACUUGCGGAGGCCAUGUUGGAGGAGAAAGCCGAUGACGAAACCGUCAGAACAGAACGAUCAAAUUCGAUGCCGUCCAAGAACUACGUCCAUGGUGACCGACUGUCUCCGAGUAAGAGGUCGGUGAGUAGCAGUAUUAGUAACUUCUUCAGGAAAAUCUCGCCGCACAUGAACAGGAAGUCGAGUCGCGAACAACCCAGUAAGGCAGGGUCGCCUGCUUCGGGAAGUUCUACCAGCUUAACACCCAGUGAUGUUUCUGACGACGGACAUUUCUCACGAAACAAUGUCCGGCAGUCUUUUCUAAAGUUCAUUAAUCGAUCAAAAUCAAGGUCAAGGUCGCGAGAUCCCGAGAAGUCCUCCCCCGGGUCAAAGGAGAACCACGGUGGUACUAGAACGCACGGCGACAGCAGUCCACCAAACAACAAACAGCUGAUGCCCAACUCGACGAACAGGAUGCUCAAGUCGAUCGAACGCAACACGCUCUCCGACAAAGACGUUUACGCCAAGUUCAAAGACAAGCAGUCUCCCAGUCGAACAGGGGAGGUAACCUCUGGAGGACCAAAGCCUUUCACGGCCCGGCCGACUGAGUUGGGAGUAGGUGAUCGCAUUUCGGAUACAUCGCCCUCACCUGAGGAGUACCCCGUGACAUUGCAGCAGUCGGUGACGUCGUCAGACGUGUGGAAACCGGAACCUCCGACAUCGCUGGAUGUGGUGCCGCCGAAAGUGAUGGCGGCAUUACAGAUGUCUGUGAUGAGCACCAUCUCUGGAGACGAGUCCAUCGGCGAGUGCUCACUCGACGCCAACCUCACGGCCAGCGAGCCGUCUUUGCUGAGUGGGUCGAGUCGUACAAGUCAGACUGGGUCGAAGCAAGUCGUGCUGAGUCAGGACCUGGUCAACUCAACUGAGGGACAGUUCUUGUCUGACUCCGCCUCCAGCCGGAGAGUGCCCGACAAGGGAUACAACUCCAGCCCGCUGACAGAGAGCAACAAGGAGAAUGCCGUACCCAGCAGCCCAGUUUCAGCUCCCGGUUGUCAACACUCGGACACCAGUCUCCGAGACCCGUCGCGCAAACCCUCGUACUUGAAGCUGAGCUGCAUGGUCAGUGGUUAUGGCAAGUACAGCCAGUACACGUCGUACAAGAACAUAGAGAAACGGUCACCCUUUUCCAGUACCACGUCUCUGCGGUCGGACGAGAGCUCCCCAGACAUGCCUUCUGUCCGUAGCCCUCCGUCCGAUAAGUGUUUACGGAUUCCUCCGGUGUCUCUACCAGUCACCGCUAACGGAUCACUGGUGAACGGACAUUCUAAACUCACUGUGUAUCCUACAGGAGAUAGUGUGAAGGAUGGUGAAUAUUUUCUACAAGCCACAAAUAUAGAAAUAGAGCGUUUGCAGUCAUUUUGUAACCGAGCAGAGGCUGAUAUGAGUUGUACCUUGUCUGAAGAAGCCUGUGGUAGGAUGCGAUCAGCCAUUGGGAAAGCCAACCUGCUAAUAAAAAAGAAGUUUGAGCAAUUCCGAGAACUGUGCCACCAACACAUGCAUCCUGACGUGAAUGAGAAGGAAACGAAAUGGGAAGACCUCCAAGGAUUCUGGGAUAUGGUCAAGAUUCAGGUGGAUAGUGUCGAGGACUCAUUCGCAGAAAUAGAGCUGAUGAGGCAGAAUGGAUGGAGGGAGGUACCACAGCAGGUAACUUCUCGGCGAAGUUCAACAAGUUCUAGUCCAAAAUCAGGAAGUCUGUCUCAGAGUAGCACCCCGUGCCACACACCAGGAUCAAAACGUAAAGGUUUGAAAGCCAAAGACACGCCCGAUUCUUCCCCCGAGCGCACUCAAAAAGCCAAACAAGCUGCUAAAGCCCGAGACGACGCACGCAAGAAGAUUUUGGCCGACAAGCGUGCGGCCAUGAAACAGAAGAAAGAGAACAAGGAGGUGGAGAUUUACUUGCCGGAGAACGGGAAGAACUAACAAACUACAACAACAAACUGCUGAUGAAACAAAUGGGAAAUGGGAACAUUUUGAGAUUACAAAUUGCAAUGUUGAACAAUUUAUGCUUUUUGUUUUUGCUGAUUUAUUUAUCAAACAGACCAUGUGGCAUCCACAAUAUUUGAGUUGAUGUAUUUAGUCAUUCCUCUCAUUUUACUCUUGUUCCCACCUUCACUGAAUGGGCAAGAUUUCAGUACGGGGAAGUAGUGUCCUCGGUCUUUUGCAUUGUGGAUGGGCUUUUUUAUCUUUCUUUUUGGGGUGUUUUUUUUUUUUUUUUUAAGAUAUUGGAUAACUUUUGUUAUCUUAUUGGUAACUUUUUAAAACAAAUUAUUAUUGCUUAUACAGUGAAACCUGUCGACAGUGGAUCACGCCAGGGACGUAAUAUUUGUCAGAUUUAGGAAGGAUCCAGUUUUUAAACAGUAGCAUUUUAGAAUUUAGAUCAUCAGGGACCAUGAAGUAUGACUGGUUUUCACAGGAUUCUGGUUUGUCCAGGAUCUGAUGUAGAAAAGUUUCACUGUAUUUUGAAUGCAUUUUUGUCUUCUUCUUUUUUUUGUCCGAUAUCUGUGAUUUUUUAUUGUCGGUGAUACCGACUUAUCCGAAUGGUGCUCUGUUUUAAUUGAUGAACCACAUGCAAAGAUGAAUGAGGACUUCAAAUACAAAAUGUGCAAUCAUAAACUUGAGAAAUGCAAACUCAAAAAACACUAUCCUGGCAACAAUCUUCUUGUUUCCUGUUUUCGUGCCUUUCGAUCAAAUGUCUCUGGAGCAAAACUUCCAGUAGUCUUGGAGUUUGCACUCCACUUUACCUUACAGGACCAAGGGAGAUAACUGCAUUUGGAGAAUUGAGUGGAGUCUUGUGAAUUUGUUUUUGCUUUUUAACGUUUGUUUGCCAUGUUAGAUACUGUGCUUUCAGUUUGUGCUAGACUUGGUCGUUAUAUUACAUGGUGGCAAACUACAAGUUUUUAUUUAUUUAUUUUUAUGAUAAUUUGACUUUAAAGAGUUAUUGUACAUACAUAACUGAACUAUGUUUCCAUGAUCACUAGUUAUUACAUACUUAAUCUGCCUGUUUGACAAAGGAAGUAAUGACAGUUGUGUUUUUAAGAUUUCUUGUUUGGUACAUGUGAAUAUAUGUUUUAAAAUGUAACGAGUGACUAUACAGUCUGUUCCUUUGUUGAUAAGUUAUCCUAAUCCAAUCCUGUGUAUCUCACCUCUUACAAAGUAAAACGGGGAGACAUAAAUAUUGAUGGUCGUUGUGACAGUGUCAUGGUGGCAGUGUCAUGGUGGCAGUUUGUCAGUUUGUGCAUUAAAGUUUAACAUUAAAUUAUUUUUCACAAACUAGGCAAAAAUAAAAAUUAAGUUUGUUUGUCCUAACCCGACCGACCAACCCACAAAAAUCGGCCUGUGUCAAAAUCUUUUUUGAUGUCUUGGGGAAGCUUCUUUUUUUUUUUCUUUUUUUUUUUAGUACUAUUGUCAUAUAUCUGUCAAACAAACAUUUAAAAAAAAAAAAAAAAAAAAAACCUACCUACCUACCCAAUUACAGGUCAGAACUGGACAAACAAAAAUAUUUUAAGAAUGGCCCUAUACUUAAGUCCUAGGUGAGUUAAAUUUUAACAGAUUAUUUUUCACAAACUAUACUUAAGUCCUAGGUGAGUUAAAGUUUAACCUUAGAUUAUUUUUCACAAACUAUACUUAAGUCCUAGGUGAGUUAAAGUUUAACCUUAGAUUAUUUUUCACAAACUAUACUUAAGUCCUAGGUGAGUUAAAGUUUAACCUUAGAUUAUUUUUCACAAACUAUACUUAAGUCCUAGGUGAGUUAAAGUUUUAACAUUAGAUUUUUCACAAACUACUGUCAGUCCUAGGUCAGUAAAACUUGGUUUAUAGUUGCAGUGGAAAUGUUUAUGGUAGGCAAGGUAUUUAAUUCUGCAGAAUUCCUCUUUAUUAAGUAUCAUUAAGUUUUUGGGGGGUUGGCACCACAAGAUUUAAUGUUCCUUUAAUUAUCCCCCCAAAUUUUACCUUUUGAAAAAAAUUAAACGUUAUUUUGUCAUCAAAAAGUGAAUUUUCAGUUUCUUUUUGUCACUGAAAGUGCAUGCUCUCCUUUUUUCUUCUUCUGUUUUUCUUUUCUCUCUUUUUUCUUUCUUUCUUUCAUGGUUUUUUAAUUUUAUUUUUAUAGUACCCAAAAAUGUUUGGGUUUUUUGUCACUGAAGUAAGAAACUUCCUUUGUUACUGAAGUAAGAAACUUCCUUUGUUACUGAAGUAAGAAACUUCCUUUGUUACUGAAAUCACUGAAAUGGCUUGUUGUCAUUUUAAAAUAUAAAUUGAUGCUCAGUAAUUUUAGGACAUUUUAAUUUGCAAGGAUUUGCCUUGAUUUAACAGGUAGUUUUUACUAUUUCAUUGGCCACUCAAGCAAACUUAGGACCAAUGUUUCUUAGCCUUGUCUAAUAGCACAAUAGGUUAAAGUUUAACAGCACACCAAAAUAUAUAGUAGAAAAAUAUAUAUAUUAAUUCAAAUGUUACAACUGAGUAACAGUGUAUAAACCUCUACUCUAUCGGCCAUUUCAGCUUGUUUAACCUCACAAUUAUCCAAGUAUUUUUAUUGACAUCUAUAGCGGUCCUUGUACUGUGUAACUUAUAAACGUUAUGGAAUUAUCCCGUUAAUUUUAACCUCUACUGAGCAGACUGCCUUAUAUUUAUGUAAAGAAAUGUAUUUUGGUAUUCAACGCAAACAUAUAUUGUGAAUGUAUUUGCAUUAUUUAUGAUGGUGAUGAUAAUGACUGAUGUCAUGUCAUGGUGACUGACGGCGUGCCAUGGUGGCUGAGGUCGUGCCAUGGUGGCUGAUAUCGUGCCAUGGUGGCUGACAUGUCAUGAUGACUGACGUUGUGCCACGGUGGCAGAACAUACUCACGGUGCUUUGUACAUUACUCCUGAGUGUUGUGUAUAUAGUCUAUUCCAUACCAAGGUCAGAAACUGAAUCUGUCUUUUAUCAAAUGUUGUCUUACCAUUUGCGACACCACACAAUAUGAGUGUCUCGAACGUGCCUAUCGCAAUCGCAUAGCAACCAAUAAAAUCAUAAUGUUGUCUUGUCACAAUCAGCUAUUCUCAUGGCUGUCUCGUACAAGCCACUCGCAUUGUGUGACUUCGCCUUAAGAGUAAGGCAUUUUUUUUGUCCGCCUUGUACAUGUUUUACUAAGUAAAAUAUAUGUGGUACCGGUAUAUACAGCAUUGACAAAUUUCAUCCAGUUUGUCCACAUUCGUUAUAAUGCCUUGAUAUUUGGAUGAACUAUACCUAACUAUACCUAACCUAAGUUAGCUAAAAUAUGUUUUGCUUCAUAAAAAAAAAAUGUAUUGUUUAACCGAGAUCUGAAUUUUAAAUCUUAGCCAUGUUGAAAAAAAACAAAAUUGCAAAAUAUUGUUUUUUUUAUAAAUAAUGAAAAUAAUUAACUGUUAGUGACAUAAAGAUCGGUCUGUAAGAAUUAAUAAUAGAUUUUACAAAACCCAGCGAAGUGAUAAUUUUUUUUAAUUACAUAUAAAUAUAGUGUUAUUUGACAUUCAUGUUGUUCGGUUGAUAUUUUUCUAGUCAAUAAUAUCUCAUGAAUUUGUUUUUUCUACUGUAGAAUUUUGUUUUUAAUUAUCUACAUUUUUUAUUAAAAUGUAUAGAAAAUUUCACAUUGUGUCUUAUCAGCAUUUUAAAUAUUAAAGAUAUGGGAUUUUAUCAGACCAAAAUGCUAAGAAAUUAACUUGAACUUUUAGUUAACACAGCAUACCUAGCCAAAACUAAUUUGGGAAGAGUGACAGUAAAUAAAUAAUACAUCAAUUUAUCCAGAUAAAAAAGCACUAUAAACAGGGCACCUUUUCAUAUUUGUCUGUAAGGGGGCACCUGCUAUGUCUGACUGUUAGACUAUUCUAUCCUGCAACCACCGUUUCUAUAUUUGUCUGUGAGGGGGCACCUGCUAUGUCUGACUGUUAGACUAUUCUAUCCUGCAACCACCGUUUCUAUUGACAGAAUAUGAUAACGGAUAAAGCAAGCUACUAGCUACUAGCAGGAUAUGACUUUUGACAUCACUCAUGUGACGUCACACACAUAGCUACAUUACAGAGUCGCUGAUUUGACCUCUAGCUAAGUCAUCAUACAAUGUGGCUGAAAUAACAGAAAUAAUAGCUUUUUCCCUUAAUUUUUAUGGUUUGCAGGAUGAAGAUAAUAACUAGUUACUGACGUCAGAUAUCUGCUUUAUCCUGUUCAGGCCGAAUGAGAAAUUUCCCAUUCUUACCGUGACAGGAUAACGCAGAUUUCCGACAUCAUUAACUAGUUAUUCUCUAUUUACUCAGUGAAUGAUAAAUAUCUCUACUAAUGCGUAACUGGAAACGGACUCUUAACACCUCUAUGUUAUUUCGUUUGUAAUUGUAUUUACCGAUAAUGUUUGGGAACAAUGUUAUAAUUCUGCAUGUUAAUUUAUUUUGGAAAUGCUGUUUCAUGUUACACUCUAUGUACUGUACAUAGAUGCAGAUGCUGCUCAUUGUAGGCAAUGGUGAGAGUCGGUUAAUGCCUAGAUAUAGUGGAUGUUUGUUACCAUAGCAAUGUUUUCAGGCCAUAUACACAAUCAAAAUAAAUGUUUCUCUCCUUGA